CGCAUCUCUGUGAGCCCGCAGGAAGGUGAUGCAGCUGCUCUUAGUCCUCUUGGGGCUCCUGCUGGGGGCCCCGAGGGCUCCAGCUUUGUCCCUGGAGACGUCGGAGGAGACAGAGCUGGAGCCCUGCCUGACCCCCAGCCCCGUGCAGCAAGAACAGGAGCUGAGCGUGGCUCUCGGGCGCCCCCUACGGCUGUGCUGUGGGCGAGCCGAGCGCGGCGGCGGCCACUGGUACAAGGAUGGUGCCCGCCUGGCUCCUGCUGGCCGCGUCCGCGGCUGGAGGGGUCGCUUGGAGAUCGCCAGCUUCCUCCCCCAGGACGCCGGUCACUACUUCUGCCUGGCACGAGGCUCCUUGCUUGUCCUGUACAACCUCACCUUGGUGAUGGAUGACUCCUCAACCGCCCGUAUUGGGAAUGAUGAGCAGACCUCCAAAGACCCCACCAAUGGGCAUGUGUCUCCGCUGCAAGCCCCCUACUGGACCCAUCCCCAGCGCAUGGAGAAGAAGCUGCACGCGGUGCCCGCCGGGAACACGGUCAAGUUCCGCUGCCCUGCAGCGGGCAACCCCACGCCCACCAUCCGCUGGCUCAAGGACGGCCAGGCCUUCCACGGGGAACAGCGCAUCGGAGGCAUUCGGUUGCGCCAUCAGCACUGGAGCCUGGUGAUGGAAAGUGUAGUACCCUCGGACCGUGGCACCUACACCUGCCUGGUGGAGAACUCUGUGGGCAGCAUCCGCUACAGCUACCUCCUGGAUGUGCUGGAGCGGUCCCCACACCGGCCCAUCCUGCAGGCCGGCCUCCCGGCCAACACCACCGCCGUGGCGGGCAGCGACGUGGAGCUCCUAUGCAAAGUCUACAGCGACGCGCAGCCGCACAUCCAGUGGCUGAAACACAUCGUCAUCAAUGGCAGCAGCUUCGGGGCCGACGGGUUCCCCUAUGUGCAAGUGCUGAAGACGGCGGACAUCAACAGCUCCGAGGUCGAGGUCCUGUACCUGCGGAAUGUGUCGGCUGAGGACGCGGGCGAGUACACCUGUCUGGCCGGCAACUCCAUCGGCCUCUCCUACCAGUCGGCCUGGCUCACGGUGCUGACAGAGGAGGAGGUGGCGUGGACAGCAGCGGCGCCCGAGGUGAAGUACACAGACGUUAUCCUCUACGUGCUCGGCUCGCUGGCCCUGGUGGUGCUCCUGGUGCUGGUUGGGCUGUACCGCGGCCAGGUGCUCCGCAGCCGCCACCCCCGGCAGCCCCCCACUGUGCAGAAGCUGUCCCGCUUCCCCCUAGCCCGACAGUUCUCACUGGAGUCCGGCUCCUCAGCCAAGUCCAGCUUGUCCCUGGUGCGGGGCGUCCGGCUGUCGUCCAGUGGCCCCCCGCUGCUGGCGGGCCUCGUGAGUGUGGACCUGCCCCUGGACCCGCAGUGGGAGUUCCCGCGGGACAGGCUGGUGCUGGGCAAGCCCCUCGGCGAGGGCUGCUUCGGGCAGGUGGUGUGCGCCGAGGCCGUGGGCAUGGACCCCGCGCGACCCGACCAAGCCAGCACCGUGGCCGUGAAGAUGCUCAAGGACAAUGCCUCCGACAAGGACCUGGCUGACUUGGUCUCUGAGAUGGAGGUGAUGAAGUUCAUUGGCCGGCACAAGAAUAUCAUCAACUUACUGGGCGUCUGCACCCAGGAAGGACCCCUGUACGUGAUCGUGGAAUGCGCGGCCAAGGGAAACCUCCGGGAGUUCCUGCGUGCCCGCCGCCCACCGGGCCCGGACCUCAGCCCCGAGGGGCCCCGCAGCACGGAGGCACCACUGUCCUUCCCCACCCUGGUCUCCUGCGCCUACCAGGUGGCCCGCGGCAUGCAGUACCUGGAGUCUCGAAAGUGCAUCCACCGGGACCUGGCGGCCCGCAACGUGCUGGUGACCGAGGACAAUGUGAUGAAGAUCGCGGACUUCGGGCUGGCGCGGGGCGUCCACCACAUCGACUACUACAAGAAAACCAGCAACGGCCGCCUGCCUGUCAAGUGGAUGGCCCCCGAGGCCUUGUUCGACCGUGUGUACACGCACCAGAGUGACGUGUGGUCGUUCGGGAUCCUGCUGUGGGAGAUCUUCACCCUCGGGGGCGCCCCGUACCCCGGCAUCCCGGUGGAGGAGCUCUUCUCGCUGCUGCGGGAGGGGCACCGCAUGGACCGGCCCCCCAACUGCCCUCCGGAGCUCUAUGGGCUGAUGCGUGAGUGCUGGCACGCGGCCCCUUCGCAGAGACCCACCUUCAAACAGCUGGUGGAGACGCUGGACAAGGUGCUGCUGGCCGUGUCCGAGGAGUACCUGGACCUCCGCCUGACCUUUGGCCCCUACUCCCCCACCGCCAGCACAGAGACCACAAGCAGCUGCUCCUCCAGCGACUCCGUGUUCAGCCACGACCCCCUGCCACGGACGCCCCCUUCCUUCCCUUACCCCCCAGUGCAGACCUGAGCAGCCAGCCGCCUGCUGACCAUGACCUUGGCCUUCCCUGGCUGGCCUCAGGCCUUGCCCUCAGGGUGCUGGUGGGUUCCACUUGGCCCUUGACCUUGGUGGCAGGGAGCCCGUGGCGGAAAGGGUCAGGCUCCCGCUCAUCUUUCUGCACCUCGGCCCAC